AUGUUUGAAAAAGCCAUUGUGACGUUUCCGUUGCCUAGAGGCGCCGAGCCCUUCGACUUGGUCGGCGCAACCAUCUUGGUGGACGAGUCAGAUCCGAUCGGCAUCCACAUCGCAGCGCAGAACCUCGCGCAGGACUUUGGUCGGGUCACCCAGUCCGACGAGAGCACGGUCCAAGUCGUCCAAGGUGCCCAAGUUGAUGCCACGUUGGGAUCUGCCGCUGUAAUUAUCAUCGGAUCCAUCGAAUCGAGCUCUCUCCUCCGGCGGCUGGAACAUGACGGGAAGCUGAGCUUUGGCAAGAUACGAGGGAAGUGGGAAUCCUUUUCCACCAACGUCAUCGACCUACCCUUUCCAGGCGUGAAGAAAGCCCUCGUCAUUGCCGGGAGCGACAAGCGAGGGGCGAUAUUCGGCGCCUACACCCUCUCUGAGCAAAUCGGAGUCUCUCCCUGGUACUACUGGGCUGAUGUCCCUCCCAAGCACCACAAAGCUAUCUACGCAGUUUCAGAGCCAACCUAUCAAGGCGAACCAAGCAUUCGGUUCCGCGGCAUUUUCAUCAACGAUGAGGCUCCUGCCCUUACAGGCUGGGCCAGGGCCAACUUUGGAGGCUACACCUCUGAAUUUUACAAGAAGGUCUUUGAGCUAUUGUUGCGACUCAAGGCCAACUUCCUAUGGCCGGCAAUGUGGCCAGGCUAUCCCAACCCUGGCGCCUCAUUCUUCACCGACGAUGCCCUCAAUCCGAAGCUCGCGGAGGACUAUGGCAUCGCCGUGUCCACGUCCCACCACGAGCCCAUGCAAAGGAUGUCCAACGAGUGGUUCGCAGACAACCCGGACGGCAGCUGGAACUGGCUGACCAACAAGGAGAAAAUCACCGCCUUCUUUGACGAGGGCGUCAAGAGGGCAAAGGGCCGCGAGUCAUACUUCACUCUGGGUAUGCGCGGCGAGUACGAUAGGAAGAUGAAGACGGAUGACCCGGCUGCUGUGGUGCGGGACGUGAUCAAGACGCAGCGGGCUCUAAUCAAGCAGAUUCAUGGUAGAGAAGAUGCCGUGCCUCAGCUUCUGGCCUUGUAUAAGGAGGUGCAGGAGCAGUAUGAGGAGGGAAACCUGGAUGUACCUGAUGAUGUUACGCUUCUAUUUGCCGAUGACAACUUUGGCAGCAUCAGGCGUCUCCCCUCUGGAGCAGAGAGGCAUAGAAAAGGAGGCGCAGGUAUUUACUACCACUUCGAGUAUGUGGGAGUUCCACGGAGCUAUAAGUGGAUCAACAGCAACUCUCUGGGCAAAACCUGGCAUCAGCUGCAAGAAGCCCACAGACGCAACGCAAAGCAGAUUUGGGUCUUCAACGUGGGCGACAUCAAGCCGAUGGAAGUUCCGCUCACCUUUGCAAUGACCUUGGCCUGGGACAUCAACUCCAUCGGCGCCGGUGACUUCGCAAACUUUUACAAGACAAUGGCAGAGACAAAUUUUGGAAACGAUCAGUCCCAACAUAUCGCGUCGGUGUGGCAAAGAUACGACCGGCUCGCCGCGCUACGAAGACACGAACACAUCGAACCGACAACCUUUUCCCUGAUCCACUACAACGAGGCAGAAGAUGUCGUGAACCGCUGGGAGUCCCUCCUGCAAUCAGCCGAGAAAAUCUACAACCAGGCCUCGGAGGAUCAAAAAGCAGCCAUAUUCGAAACGGUCCUGCACCCGGUCAAAGCCUCGACACUCUUUACCAAACUCCAGGUGACCUUGGGCCGGAACAGACUCUUCGCCCGCCAGCGCCGCAACGCCGCCAACAAGUUCGCCCGCGAGGUCCUCGACCUCUUUGACGCAGACUACGACCUCGCAGAGGAGUUCCACGCCCUGCUGGGCGGCAAGUGGGACCAGAUCAUGUGCCAGACGCACUACGGCUACGAGGAGACGUGGCACGCGCCGUAUCGCGACAUGAUUAGCGGCUUGUGUUACGUCCAGCGCCGGCAGCGCUCAAAUCCCGUCAUGGGACAGAUGGGGAUCGCUGUUGAAGGCCACGAGGGUGUUCGGCCGGGGAGGACGAAUGAGGAGUCGGAUCGAACGCAUCCUAGUCGGCGGGACUUGGUUCCUGGGAUGACGUUAGGGAAAAUGAGCCGGUAUGGGCCGGGGAGGAGGUGGUUUGAGAUCUACAGCAGAGGACCACAAGUCACGCAUUGGAAGGCCGCGGUUCCGCAUGCCUGGAUCAAGCUCUCGUCAUACUCUGGCGCGCUUGACCCUGAUGGAGAUGACGCGCGGAUUGAGGUCACGGUAGCCUGGGAUCAGGUGCCUGGCGACUUUGAUCAGGAAGUCUUGAUUGAUAUUCGAUCGGAGGAGGGCGACUUUGAGCAGGUCCAUCUACCCAUCACUGGCAGAUGCGUGCCCGACUCAUUCAAAGAAGGGUUUGUCGAAAGUGAUGGGCAUGUCUCCAUCCCCGCGGCGCAUCGUCCUCCGCAAGGUUACAGAGCACUGCCGGAGUGCGGUAGAACCCCAGCGGGAGCGAUCGUCGCUGUCCCGGGGGUAGAGACCUCGGCACUCGUGUACAGCUUUUACGUCUUUUCCCAGACAGCGAGGCCGUCCCUGUUGUUGUACUUUAACAUGACGCUCGACCUGGAUCCGGCAGACCCGAUGUCGUACGACUUGCAGGUUGAUGAUGGACCUAUACAGACUCAUCGACUGUCGCCCAAGACCAACGAUCUUCCUGACGGCUGGUUCUAUGCCGUUCAGGACUGUUCUUGGUUGCGGAAGCAUGAUCUGGAUGAGAAUGGCCUUGGUCUUGGAGAGCACAAGGUGAUGGUUCAUCUCAAACAUACAAACUUGAUUUUGGAGAAGCUCGUUGUUGAUCUCGGAGGAAACCCAAAAUACCUCCAGCUCCUCCGCGAGGAGGUUGAUAGCGUUCUCGGCGUCGACGGGAUCUUCACCCCCUGUGAAAAGGUGAAGAAUCUCCCCUACCUCCGCGCCUACCUCGACGAUUCCCUUAAACUGUUCCCUCCCUCGCCUCAAGGCCUGCUUCGAAAGACGCCGACCGAGGACAUGAAUAUCAUCGGCGAGUGGUUGCUGGGCAAUACAACCAUCAGCAUGUCCAGCAUUGUUGCCCACCGCAACGAGAGCGUUUUCCCGGCCGCUGACAGCAAGGAGCUGCAGCAAUACUUAUUGGCCUUCUCCGCCGGCGCGAGAGGCUGUGUCGGCCACAACCUUUUCUACCAGGAACAGGCUAUGCUCUUGGCGUCGGUCGUGCACACGUACGAGUUUGCCCUGCCGCGGGAUUUUUAUUUGGCGCGUGAGGAGACGAGGAAUUAG